ACCCUCAUGCUGCCCUGCUUCCAACUGCUGCGCAUUGGGGGCGGCAGGGGCGGGGACCUCUACACCUUCCACCCCCCGUCCAGGUCUGGCUGCACCUACCGGCUAGGCUGCAGGGCUGACCUGUGCGACGUGGCCCUGCGGCCCCAGCAGGAGCCCGGCCUCAUCUCUGGGGUCCAUGCAGAGCUGCAUGCCGAGCUCCAGGGGGACGACUGGCGGGUCAGCCUGGAGGACCAUAGCAGCCAAGGGACUUUGGUCAAUAACGUCCGGCUCCCAAGAGGCCACAGGCUGGAGUUGAGCGAUGGUGACCUUCUGACCUUUGGCCCCGAAGGGCAAGCAGGAACCAGCUCCUCGGAAUUCUACUUCAUGUUCCAACAAGUCCGGGUCAAACCUCAGGACUUUGCUGCCAUUACCAUCCCUCGGUCUAAGGGAGAAGCUGGGGCCGGCUUCCAGCCUAUGCUGCCCCCGCAAGGGGCACCCCAGCGGCCACUCAGUGCCCUCUCCUCCACCCCCAAGGCCACGCUGAUUCUCAACUCCAUCGGCAGCCUCAGCAAGCUUCGGCCCCAGCCCCUCACCUUCUCCAGAGGCGGUGGCAGACCGCAGAGUCUGGCUAUUCCCACCCAGCCUGGGGAAGUGGGAGCUUCACCUGCUCCACCCACGAGAAACCGGAGGAAGUCGGCUCACAGAGUGUUGUCGGAACUAGACGAUGAGAGCGAGGCUUCCCUGGGCCCCCUCUCACUCCUUACAGGGCCCAGGAAGAAGGUCCGUGUGGAGGAAGCAGCCCCGAUGUCCAGUGGGUAA